GUAAGGAAUAUAAUAUGAUAGCAGCAGCAUAAACACGCCGUCUGUGCUUGCAGAGCGCUGCUUGGUGCAUCACUUUGGCCUGCAAGGGGUUAAGGUUUUUUGUAGUGGGAGGAACGUUGAGUGAGGAACUGGUAGGCCAUUGGCCGGAUUGUGGAAAGGGGCUGUACAGCCUGGAUAUAGGUGGCUAACCCACCAUUUCCUGCCUCUUUCAGUGUCUUCACGCAGGCAGUGCAAGUAUUGUUCAUUUAUUCAGUAAAUAUACUUUAAUUUUUCUUCUCUUUUUUCCUUAUCUUUUUCCUUAUCUUCUCUUUCCUAUAUUCCUACUGCUACAUUCAUCCUAUUCCUAACUUUUUUAUUCUUCUUCUCCUACUUACUGCUUGUUUUUUAUAACAUAUUGGAGGUGAUUGCUGGGUAUUCCCCCACCCCCCCUUGCUGUGACUCCUCUCCCCCCUGGACAUGUCGGGGUUACGAAACCCCCCUUCCCGUCCUGCACGCAGCGCUGGCCUCCCCGCCCGGCUGUUAGAUUCCCCUGAUGUUCCGCCGGGUCGGGGAAGCCCUGCUGCUGCGGAUGCUGUAUCUGUGAGGGAGACCAGGGCUGUGCGCGGCCGAGCUCGGCCGCCCGCCCGCGCUCCCCCACGUGUGUCCUCCCCGUCUCCUUCCCCGCUGCGAUCAGCGGCUGGCGACGGAGCUGCUGGGGCUGCCAUGGAGACCAGGGCUGUGCGCGGCCGAGCUCGGCCGCCCGCCCGCGCUCCCCCACGUGCUUCCUCCCCGUCUCCUUCCCCGCUGCAAUCAGCGGCGGGGGACGGAGCGCCGGGGAGCAGGAGAAGCCUCAGGCGGCCUGCCAGGGACGGUGUUUUACCGUCCCUGGCCCCGCCGCUUCUUACAGCGGGUGGCCGCGCGGGUCACGUGGGGCGGGGGCGGAGCUCCCGCCCGGCGGCCCGGCGGCUCUCCCCACUUCCCAACACGGCUGCCUCAGUUAAUGGGCGGGUGGGGGGUCGCGCGGCAGAUGGAUUACUGCCUGCGCGUGCGGACAACAUGGCGCACAGCAGGGGGGCCCACAUGAGGCAUACCCCCUCUGUGCCACUACCCCCCCCACCCGUGCGGUCAGCGCCCUCCCGCGUUGGGGUGGGGCGUCGCCCCCGCUCCGCGCCAGCGGGGGGGGCAUUAUCCAUUACAGAUAGUGCGGGGCCGGUCGUACGGGGGCGGCCCGCGCCCGCCCGCGGUGUGCCUGCCCGUCCGACCUCCCCUUUCGCGGUGGGGCCCGGGGCGUCGGGCCCAUCCAGGACGCCCGCCUUGGCAAGUGGCUCGGCCGCCGCCCGCGGCCGCGCGCCUCCUGGCAGACAGCGGGCGGGGUCGCGCCUGCCAGCUAAUCACCCCACUAGGGGGCGGCGUGCGCAGGCGGAUCACGACCCAGCACCCACUCCCCGCAUCCAUUUUUCAACUGCCGACGCUUCCGCGGUCAGCUCUCAGUCCGACGUCGGACUCCUCCCUUCUAGUGGCGACGACUCUCCUGUGGCCGACGCUCGGGUCGGUAGACAGUCGAGGGGUCGGCAGUCUAUACGCGGUCUGGCGCAGCCAGACGGUGGUGCCAUGAUUCCCGACAGUGAGGGAUCCUCCGGAUCCUUGCUCCCGACGGGAGGUUUGCGUACCGCACGUCGGGCGCAUGACGCGCGGAGGAGGUCCGUCCUUACUUCACCUGCCCCUGCGACUGCACCCUUGGUGGACGCCUCCGUCUUGUCCGCCAUUUGUGCCGCUGUAGUGUCAGCGGUGGCUCCCUUGUUAUCCUCCGUACCCGGGGGACUGGGGCGGCCCACCGCUUCCUUGGCGGAUAGCAUUGCGCAAUCCCUUAUUCCACUUCUGUCUACUGGGGCAACUACCCCCCCUUUUGCCCCGCUCCCGGUGGCUGCGGGACCGGAGGCGGUGCAGGGGAACAAUGUCUCUUUUGUCUCCCCAGCCACGGUAGUCGGAUCGGCAAUGGAAUCCGCCGGUGUAUCCACGAGUCGUUCGGUGGCCGGAGGCGCGGACGGCGUGCCCUCUCGAGCAGGUCAUCCACCCGGAAUGGAGGCGUUAGCCCACAGGUCAUUGGCCCCUGCAACUUUUGCGGCCUAUCGGGCCGCCUGGGAGCGGUGGUGUCGCUUCAUCCGGGAGAGAGGCCAGUGUGGUAAGACCUCUCAUGAUUUACUUUUAGAUUACAUCUGGGUUCUGUACUCCGACGGUAUUUCGCGGGCGUCUGUUAACAGGGUUCUGGCAGGUAUCUCUUACUUUCUGCAGCUGCGGGGGGAAGCGGAUUUUACGAAGUCCUUUUUCCUCCGGCGGGUGUUGAAAGGUUGGGCUCGGGCCACCCCGCCCCUCCCGGAUACCCGCCAGCCGAUCACCGGUGCUUUGCUGAGGCGGAUUUUGGGAUCCCUACCGAGCAUUUGCUUUUCGGGAUACGAGGUUCGCCUCUUCCGGGCGGCCUUUACUAUGGCCUUCCACGGUGCGUUCAGGGUGGGUGAGCUGGUGUCCGUCUCUCGGGCUUCGGUCUCGCCCAUGCUGGAGGCCCACGUCGUCAUCCGCCCCGACGGUUUAUGGUGCAAAAUUCAGCGAUCCAAGACUGACGUAGCCGGCAGGGGGCAGUGGGUUCGAAUGGGUCCGGCUCGUGCGCGGGGCAUUUGUCCAGUUUCCGCGGCCCGGGCAUAUUCGUCCAUACGGCCUCCAACGCCCACCGGGUGGCUCGUCCACUGUGACGGCGCCCCGUUGACCAGAUAUCAAUUCCGGUCGGUUUUGGGGCGUUGUAUUUUGUACCUGGGUCUAUCUCCGGCCGACUAUGGGACUCACUCUUUCCGCAUCGGCGCUGCUUCAGCUGCCGCUGCGGCGGGUUGGUCCGAGGUCGAAGUCCGGGCACUGGGUAGGUGGAGGUCUGGUGCAGUCAGACGCUAUAUCAGGCCUUUUCCUCCCAGUGCGCCCCUUUGAGGACUAGCCGCUCGUCGCAGUUGCACUUGGUGAUUGCGGGGGCCUUGAGGAAUUUUUGUUUUAUCGUUGGUUUUAAUUUCGGCUUUUGCCGGCUAGCGAAGUUUCGUUUUUGCCUCAAGUCAAAUUGGGCGGCCCCCCCC